AUGGCGUCGAGAUUAUUUUCACCCAUCAUGCACACUUGCAUAAUCUCUUCACUUGUUCUAAUGACUGCAUGGAAGUUUGAUAAUGGGUACGGUUACGAAGGGUUAUUUGUCGUUCCAUUCUACAUCUUUGCCACUAUAGCAGAAGUGGCAGCUAAAAUCCUCAAUCCAUCCGACGAGGAGGUAGGACAUCCCAGGAAGUUGUGGGAUGGGAAUGCUCUUANUGGGUUAAAUCGGCAACACAGUGUAGAGUAUUGGCUUACACUUGAUCUAUUAGCUUCAGAGACACUUGAAAUCAAUCGACCAUGUAGUGCAGUUAGAGUGAAGAACUCGGUUGAAGCUGACAUUGUUUUUGUCCCCUUCUUUGCUUCCUUGAGUUACAAUCGGAAAUCUAAGCUCCGUGGGAACGAAACCGUUAGUGUUGAUAGAUUGUUGCAGGAGAGAUUAGUUGAGUUCUUGAAAAAUCAAGAUGAGUGGAAAAGAUUUGAUGGGAAAGAUCAUUUGAUUGUAGCUCACCAUCCAAACAGUUUGCUCUAUGCAAGAAACUUGCUUGGGUCCGCAAUGUUUAUUCUCUCGGAUUUUGGAAGGUACCCUUCUGCGAUUGCCAAUCUUGAGAAAGACAUCAUUGCGCCUUACUUGCACGUUGUUAAGACUAUCUCUAACAAUGAGUCUGCUCCGUUUGAGAAGCGUCCUGUAUUGGCAUAUUUCGAAGGAGCAAUCUACAGAAAAGAUGGUGGAAGUAUUCGUCAAGAGCUGUAUAACCUUCUUAAAGAUGAGAAAGAUGUUCACUUUGCAUUUGGAACUGUAAGAGGGAACGGGACUAAACAAACUGGUAAAGGAAUGGCUUCCUCGAAGUUUUGUCUCAAUAUCGCUGGUGACACUCCUUCCUCUAAUCGUCUUUUCGAUGCCAUAGUGAGCCAUUGUGUUCCUGUUAUAAUCAGUGAUCAGAUUGAGCUUCCGUUUGAAGAUACUCUAGACUAUUCGAGUUUCUCUGUGUUUGUGCAUUCCACUGAAGCUGUAAAGAAAGGGGUUUUGGUGAAUCUUCUCAGAGGGAUUAGAGAGGAUCAGUGGAAGAAGAAGUGGGAGAGACUGAAAGAGGUUGUUGAAUGUUUUGAGUAUCGGUUUCCUUCGCGUCCUGGAGAUUCUGUGGAUAUGAUUUGGUCAGCUGUUUCUCAUAAGCUUUCUUCACUUCAGUUUGAUGUUCAUAGAAAGAAUCGGUACCGUAGAUCUGAUAUUUUUGAUAGGAAUCGAUCAGAAAUAUGAACAGAACUACUUGAACAAAAUCCAUUUUCUCUUCAUUCUUCAUGUUUGUAAUGUUUCGUGAAUGGAAGAUCAUAGACCAGAAUUCAGCUGAUCUAAUCUUUACUCUGUUGUAGUUUUGCC